CAGAGAAGUUACAGGAUGGAAAACUCAUGAUGAAUUGUUAGGACAUGUUGAGUUGGUUCUGUCAAUGCCUGCAGUCAGAUGACUUCACUGGCUGUACAAGAUGAAAUCUCAUAUUUCAAUGUAUAAGUAAAAGUGUCAAAGUUCAUCUGAAGCAGGGACGAAUACAGAGCAAAUUUUGUGUGUAUUUGUAACUAGGGCACCAGAGCAAUAGAGGAAGCCAAAAUGAGCCGGAAAAGCAAAAGGAGUUUAAAGGAGAGAUUUGCCUUGAAGAACAGCUUGGUUAAAGAAGCCCUCUCAGAAUUCCUGGGAACUUUUAUAUUGAUACAGCGUGGUUACUGCCUGACAAACAUUGUACAGCCUUGAAUGAAUUCCUUCUAUUUAUGGCACUUGGAUGUGGGUGUGUGGGACAGGCUGUCCUCAGCCGAGGAGCCCAUGGUGGGCCCAUGACAGUAUCAGUUGGAUUUGCAAUGGCAGUCACCAUAGCAGUAUAUGUGUCUGGGGGUGUUUCUGGUGGUCACAUAAACCCGGCUGUUUCAUUAGCCAUGUGUGUGACUGGAAGAUUAAAAUGGACCAAAUUACCAAUUUACAUAUUAGCACAACUCCUGGGAGCAUUUGUUGGAGCAGCGGCUGUCUUUGGGAUUUAUUACGAUGCCUUUAUGGAGUAUAGCAAUGGAACAUUUGAAGUCACAGGACCUAAUGCAACAGCACAUAUCUUUGCAACAUAUCCAGCUCCAUAUCUGUCCCUCAUAAAUGGAUUUGCAGAUCAGGUGAUGUCAACAGCUGUUCUUCUUCUGGCUAUAUUUGCUAUUUUUGACACCAGAAAUAACAGCGUACCAAAGGGCCUGGAGCCAAUCGUAGUGGGACUUCUUAUAAUUGUUCUUACUUGCUCCUUGGGAAUGAACAGUGGCUGUGCCAUGAACCCGGCCAGGGAUCUAGGCCCAAGGCUCUUCACAGCCAUCGCAGGAUGGGGAAUGGAAGUAUUCACGGCUGGAAAUAAUUGGUGGUGGGUCCCUGUAGUUGCACCUAUGCUGGGAGGUGUACUUGGAGCAAUGACCUAUAUUGUUUUUAUUGAAUUUCAUCACUCGGAUACUCAGCCAGGAGAAGAAAAUGAUCUAUAUGAUAAAUACGAACUGACCAACAUGGAAUAGGUGAAGAAUUCUCUCUCAUGUUGUUGUGUAGUUUUUAUGCAAAUGAUUGUUUGGACCAUUUUAUAAAACCUAUAUGCCUCAAAUAGAAAUUCACAUUUCAAAGCAGAAAAUCUAUAUAGAAGACAAGUUCAAAACUCACCUCUUUCCAUGAAACAUCAGGCUGAUCACAUUCAAA